AUGAACACGAGCUGUGAGAUCUACCGAGAGACGACGUUGGGCACCGCUUUGCAAGGGGUUCUGGAGAACUACGUGAACGAUGGACGAAUCAACGAAGAGAUUCACAAAAAAAUGCUCAAAGCUUUUGACACGAGGAUGGAAGAAGCUCUACAUAACAAUGGACGAUUCAAGGCCAAUUUCCACGCGCAGACUCUCGUCACUUAUCGUUUAUCGGAAGAUGUUUGGAGACUCGUUCUGAAGAACGUCACUUUCUCUGAUCAAAGUCACUGGUUCGACUCGUACAUUCCUCCACUCGAUCGCUUGUUGGUGGUAGCGAUUGACGGCCGAGAUGCGACAAGCCACACACGGCGCAGACCGCGAGGCCAUCGGGAG